AUGUAUUUAUCUCAGUCAAUUCUAAGACGCAAUCUAUCUACCUCUUUCUCUUUCCCUCCCUCUCUCUCUACCUAUCUAUCUCUCUCUCUAUCUAUCUAUCUAUCUAUCUAUCUAUCUAUCUAUCUAUCUAUCUAUUCCAGUCUUAUUCAUAUCUAUCUAUUUAUCUAUAAACCAACACGUUCUUUUUCUCUGGACCGUCUACGGUGGGAGGUCACCACUGCAGAGUAUGCCGCGACAAAUAUGCAGGUGAGGAAAAUUGUCAUGGAUACCAUUCACUCAGAAGAAACGUCAUUCAAGAUACAGGGAAUCGAGAGAAAAAAAAAUAAAGUCAGAGACCACGUGACAUUCUUUCCACGUGCAGUGGGCGGUGCACCGACGCUGAGGAAUGAUGGGAAAUCCUAUACUUCGUCACAAAUAACUUUGCCGGUUGCCGGUUCCUUCACACGCUCUUUUUCCCUCUCUCUCUCUCUCUCUCUCUUUCAUUUUCGUUACUAUUUUCUUCAGCACAUUAACACAAGUAGAAGAUCCGAUAUCUAUCUAUCUAUCUAUCUAUCUAUCUAUCUAUUUAUCUAUCUGACCUUUGUUUCUGUAUCUACGUAUUUGCCUCACUAG